GGGUGUGCUGCUCUGAUAUUAUAAGAGCUCAUCUGUAGCUUUGUGGCUAGGUUGGCAGUAGGUUGUUUUCUUGAAAGCCUCCCGAGGUUCCCACUCGUCGCCGCUGAACUCCGCCACUGCAAAAUCGGUUAUUACAGCGGCGCACCAGACGGACUAACGUUAUAGGUUACAGAUGGAACAGCAGGACCAGGCCUAUAUGUUUGCCAGUCUGAAACGGCCUCACUCAGAGCAGCUGCUGCAAGGCCUCCAGCUCUUGCGGCAGGAUCACGAACUAUGUGACAUUGUCCUGCGUGUGGGUGAUGCCAAGAUCCAUGCCCACAAAGUAGUGCUGGCCAGCAUCAGCCCUUACUUUAAGGCCAUGUUCACGGGUAACCUGUCAGAAAAGGAGACCUCCGAGGUGGAAUUCCAGUGCAUCGAUGAGACUGCCUUGCAGGCCAUUGUUGAGUAUGCAUACACUGGCACAGUGUUUAUCUCCCAGGAAACAGUGGAAUCUCUGCUACCGGCUGCCGACUUACUCCAGGUUAAGCUAGUACUUAAGGAGUGCUGCUCCUUCUUAGAGAGCCAGCUGGAUGCUGGAAACUGUAUAGGCAUCUCCCGUUUUGCAGAGACAUAUGGCUGUCAUGACCUGUGCCUGGCUGCAAAUAAAUUCAUCUGUGAGAACUUUGAGGAAGUUUGUCUAACAGAGGAGUUUUUUGAACUGACAAGGGCUGAGUUGGAUGAAAUUGUGUCCAAUGACUGCCUUAAGGUGGUCACAGAGGAGACUGUAUUUUACGCCCUGGAAUCGUGGAUCAAAUAUGAUGUUACUGAGCGACAGCAGCAUCUGGCUCAGCUGCUGCACUGUGUUCGCCUUCCACUCCUAAGCGUUAAAUUUCUCACUCGCCUAUAUGAAGCCAACCACCUUAUACGAGAUGACCACGCAUGCAAGCACCUGCUCAAUGAGGCCCUCAAAUAUCAUUUUAUGCCUGAGCAUCGACUCUCCUAUCAGACUGUGUUGUCAGCACGGCCCAGGUGUGCCCCGAAGGUGCUGCUUGCAGUAGGUGGAAAGGCUGGACUGUUUGCAACAUUAGAAAGCAUAGAAAUGUAUUUCCCUCGGACAGAUUCAUGGAUAGGACUGGCCCCUCUGGGUGUACCCCGUUAUGAAUUUGGAGUAGCAGUGCUGAACCACAAGGUGUAUGUGGUGGGAGGCAUCGCCACACACAUGAGACAGGGCAUUAGCUAUCGGAGACACGAGAGCACAGUGGAGAGCUGGGACCCCGAAAGCAACACCUGGUCUUCUGUGGAGCGUAUGGCCGAGUGCCGCAGCACACUCGGGGUGGUGGUCCUGGCGGGCGAGCUGUAUGCCCUCGGAGGCUAUGACGGCCAGUAUUAUCUCCAGUCGGUGGAGAAAUAUGUCCCCAAGUUGAAGGAGUGGCAGCCUGUGGCACCCAUGACCAAGUCCCGCAGCUGCUUUGCCACCGCUGUGCUGGACGGCAUGGUGUACGCUAUUGGAGGCUAUGGCCCAGCCCAUAUGAACAGCGUAGAGCGGUAUGACACCAGCAAAGAUGCCUGGGAAAUGGUAGCCCCCAUGGCAGAUAAGAGGAUCAACUUCGGAGUAGGCGUCAUGCUCGGCUUCAUAUUUGUGGUGGGCGGACAUAAUGGAGUGUCACACCUGUCUAGCAUUGAGAGGUAUGAUCCACAUCAGAACCAGUGGACAGCCUGUCGGCCAAUGAAUGAACCACGCACUGGUGUGGGAUCUGCCAUCGUGGACAACUACCUCUAUGUGGUGGGAGGUCACUCCGGAUCAUCCUAUCUGAACACUGUCCAGCGCUAUGACCCCAUCUCAGACAGCUGGUUGGACUCGAGCGGCAUGAUGUAUUGCCGUUGCAACUUUGGUCUGACUGCCCUUUGACCCAUGGCCCAGCCAGCUAGGACCCAAUAAGAGAACUUGGACACAAAGACGUUUCUUUUUUGUUGUCUGCUCCUCCUUCCCCACAUUCAUCCUCCAGGUGCAGAGGAGCGCUGCACACCAACGUGAACACCAGAGGAGAGGGAGCCUACUGAGUGGAUGGAUGUGCCGGGCUAGCUGGCUGGCUAGAGGGGGACCACAGACAUGGCUGCAGAGAUGAGAAAGAGCUACAGAGAUGAAGAUCAUUGGACAGCUGUUGUCACGGGCACGAGGAGACGACCGCUCUACUGCUGCUGGACCACAAUGAGGACUCUGAGCCAUUUCCCCAGAGGAUUGUGGGAGAAAACUUGUCACUUUUGUUUUAAAAUUCUGUUAUGUUAGCAGACAUUUUUUUUGUUUUCCUUUAUGCCAUUAAUUGUGUCUAACACUCAAAUAUUUUUUUUAUUAAAUUCCCUGCUGCAACUGGAACCAUGUGUUCAGAUUUUGUAGAACACCGCAGUCGGCAGGUGUUUUUGUAUGAAUAUGUGGUUGUUGGCCAUGUAGUGUGUAUGCUCGAGAGGUACAUGCAUGUCAGAUAGGAUUGUUUGUUUUGUUAUGUGUCCGGGUGCAGAGCUGAUGCUUGGGCUCAGCGACUCAGCGACGCAGGAGUUCUGCAUCAAAAUCAGUGCUUCACAAAAAAGAGAAAAGUUGGAAUCUUUAUAUUUUCAAAAAGGGCUGCCUUUUUCUCUCUUGUAAAUAGUUUAAAUAAAAUAUAUGGAAUAUAUCCUCUAGUGCAUUGCCUGUAAAAUGUCUUUCUGCACUGGGUCACUAGUGUGCGUGCGGAUGUGUGUGUAGUUUGAUUCCGAGGUUCAGUGUAGAGUUGAGACUGUGACAAAUUCUCCUGAGAGUGUUUAUCACUUAGUUUCUGCUUCAUCCUCGGAGCCAUUUAAAAAAAAAUCCCCAUCUUCUAGCUUCUGUUACAUCUUCCUAAGGUCAGGUCAUGCACUUGCUACUCUUUAGUUGAAAUCGACCGUGGCCCUUUUUUCACCCUUUGGUCUGUACAGUAUACCAACUGGUGCUAUAUUUAGGAUUCAGGAUUCAGCUGUUUGUCUGUGUUGCCUCACACAAUUAGCUCAACCUCUGUUACUUACUACUGCGUAAGAUGGUAGUUAUUUGAUGUAUGCGCAUUUAAAUGCGUAUAAUUGAAUGGCCCCCAACCAUGCAAUAAAUAUAAAUUCCUACUGCAAGGGAAGCCUGUGGUUGGAAAACCGCAAACUUCUGUCCUCAUAAAUAUUUAAAAAGUCUGAAAAUUGGCACUGUUUGGUUUGAUUUUUUUUUUUUUUUUUUUUAUUUAAAAAAAUAUAUCCUAGUUAGCAUUCCCCUUCCUUACAUCGUCCCUGUUGCUGGAUAUGAGCAUGCUUUGUCAUUGUCUCCAUACCUGUUCCUGGUACAAUGUCACUCUUGGCUAUGAACAUGACUUUUUCUGCCUGUGAUUGGGUCUAAGCCUGCUCUUUUCACUCACCAACUCGCUACCAAACGUGAUUCUCAUGUAUCCAUGGUCUUGCUUGCAAGCUCAGGUUUGAGGUAAUCUGUUCACAGCUUCAUGUGAAGUGCCAAAACAUUUUUUGGUUUCGCAUCUUUCCCACCUCCUGUGCUAGAAACAGCUUCCUUUGUGUGCCACGAUUGAAUUAUCUUGUCCUUAUUGCUAAUGUAUUAGUAUGACAUUCUUCUAUGCUGUCAUAUGGAGAUGGAUGAUAAAGCACCAAGGGCUGUGCCAGCCAAAUCGGGCCAUGUACCCACUGUCACCAGUCCUGUGUCCUGGGAGAGAGUGCUCCCCAGGCUGGUUGAGGGUGUCACUCUGUGCAGACUUGGGUUAGGCUAACGGAUAGGUCAAGCAAUGCACAGCAAUAGAGGGCACUAGACUAGGAAAGGCUAGGUGUGGUGUGUCUUGAGUCACUUAAUGUUCAAGUCUAGUUUGAGUUGCUUUGUGCACUGAUGUUUGCACAUAAGUGGAAACUUUAACCAAGCUCUGCGUUGCACUUACCAAACUAUUUGAUACAUAUUGUAAUUUGUACAUAUGCUUUAAUUUAGAAUAAUGGCAUUUAGAUAAUGCAAUAAGACUUCUGUUCUCUCUGUGGAUGAAGGUUUUUUGUGUGUGUUUGUCUCUUUAAAAAGCCAAGGCAUCUCAUAUUGCUGUAACAGAACAUGGCAUGUUUAUUGAUUCACACUGUUUUUCUGGUAAUGUUGACAUCUGAUGAAGAAAAAAAAAAAAAUGAAAUUGUACCAUUGACUUUGCCUCAUCCUACAGGACAUUUUAUGUCGUCAUUUUGUUGUGCAUGCUGGUUCAUUUGUACAAGGCAUAUGUUUGAGGCAGAUUCAGAUGGGUUGCUCACAAUCAUUGCAUUAAUUAUGAUAAAUGGCCAAAUUCGAGGUAUACACCUUUUUUAAAAACAAUUCAGCCCUUUCACCACAUAAGUCUUGUAAAACCGUUACCUGUUAAACAGGACGUGUGCUCUUCCACUUGUACUCCGAACUUCAUGCGUUUGUGAAAUAAGGGAAACCAUUACUACAAAUGAGGACUUUAAUGACAUUUCAUUGGUGAGACAUUUAAUUUGUUGCAUCACUAUAUAGAGUACUUUCCUUUUACUUUUAAAAGGCAUAAGCAAGCCAAGCGUAUUUCUGCAAAUAUCUUUUUUUUUUAGAAAGAUGUGAAUUACUUUUUUGUAUUUAUAAUUUGUAUUAUUUAUGUUGUGUAACCUGAUUUUGUUUGCUAAUUCUGUAUUGUACUAGAUUUUGUUUGUCACAUAACAGCCAUGGCACAAAUCACGCAGGCGUAAUUAUGUGCUACAGCCAUGAUUCCUCUAGCAUCAAUGUUAUGUACAGUGUCAUGAUUUCUGAGGUGUAUAUUAACUACUGCUUUAAUCAAUUUUGGAGAGACUCUGAAGAAAAUCUGCAAACGUUAAUCUGCAAAAAGAAGGGAUGUUAAAAUCAAGUUUGUAUGCAUUUUCAUUAUGGCCUAACCAAUGUCAUGUUUUUGCCACCACUCUCACCAAAGUGCUUGUUCAAAGAAAGCAGAUGGAUGACUAACACCUUGGUCUGCAAUGGACUGCCACUGUUUGUGUCUGAAAGAAAAAUUCUUUGAAACUGAUGUCAAUGUUAGCCAAAUGACCACUCUGCUUCUUUUACAUUUCCCAUUGUGUGUCUGGAGUAAAGGUGAUGAUCUUGAAUUUUCUAU